CACGCUUCCCACCCCCCUCUCUCUCUCAGCCGAUUCCCGUCGCAGGCUUUUCGCUGCGAAGUUAGAUUAAGGUCGGGUCGGAUCGGAUCGGAUUGGAUCCGACGAGAUGGAAGGUCGGGAGCAGCGAGACACGCCCCACGGCCAUGUCGGGGCAGCAGCGGCGACGAGGAAGAGCGGCGGCGGCGGCAGGAGGAGCAGGUUCGCCGGCGCCGACGACGAGGGCGGCGGCGAGGGAUCCGCGGGAGGAGACGCGAUCGAGUGCUCCGGGGAGCGGUGCAGGUCGUGCACGGCCGGCGUGGUCGCGGACUGCGCGGCGGUGUGCUGCUGCUGCCCCUGCGCGGUGGUGAACCUGCUGGCGCUCGCGCUCGUCCGGGUGCCGUACCUGCUGGGGCGGAGGUGCCUGGCGAGGAAGAAGGGCGCGAAGAAGGUGAAGAAGAAGAGGAAGUGCGGGAGAGUGGGAGGAGGGUCGAGCGAGCGGGAGAGGAUAGUGGAGGAAGGGAUGAGGGAGUCGGUGUACGGGUACGGGUUCGAGGAGGGCUUCGGUGACGGGCUGGAGGCGGAAAGAUCGGCGUGGUUGGACCUGGAGUUGUAUGAGGUGGGUCAUUUGAGCUUCGGUAGAGUUUCCUUCACCGGGGUUCAGGUCCAGAGCAAGGGCGGUUGCAGUUGAAAGAAAUUCGAUUCAUCCAUCCAAUUUUUUUUUUCCUUGCCUUGUAUUUCUUCGUUUCUCUUUUUCGGCUGGGCGGUUGCGUCCCAUAUCUGGUAUUACUGCAAAUAGCGUGUCUCUGAUUAUUCACGCCAAGCAUCCCCUGGGGUGGUUUUUGCCUUUGGUGUCUGAGGAUUUUCUGGGGCAUGCAUUAAACCGGGGAAGAAGAAGAAGAAGAAGACGACGGCGGCGGCGGCGACGGCGACGGCGACGGGAGAGGGACGAAGGUUGAUGGGUUCGAAACGUUUCCGAUCAACGCACCAUCUUUUCCGAAGAACUCGUACAUGGAUCCGUCAUUGGGACACUCUCUCUUACGAUGUUGUACGCUGAAAUGAUGAAAUGUUCCAGCAUUUUUCCGGCUGUCCCCUUUCUCUUUUGGUCAUGGUCUAGUCAGAGAUUUCACAGUAGUUUGGCUUCUUGGGUUUGGCCCCCUCUUUGACCGUCUCUUUUGCUGCUCCCCCUGCUCAU